AAUUUUGUAAUCAAUUUUGCUUCCCCAAAUGGGUUUUUCUCUCUCCUCACCCCUCUCACUGGAGUUGCUCUGCUAAAACCCUUGCUGGGUUUAGACAAAAACCCAAUCUUGGAGCUCUCUCCCAUGGCAUCUCUGUCCUUCUCGCAGUUCCUCUCACUGCCCAGGUGGCACUCAAAUUGGUUAUUUUCCCCAUCGACAAAUGUAGAGAAACAUCAGGAUCCCAUACGGUGGAAUAGAUGCUGUGUUGUGGCAGUUUCUAAGAAAAAAGUUGCAGACUCUUUAGCGAAUGAGGGAUCAAACGAAGAAGGAAUUGUCAUGGAAAAGAAGACAUCUAGAACAUCUAAACGCGCACCUGCUAGAACUAGGAAGAAGGUAAUAGCUGAUAGUCCAGAGGAUGAAGUUGUGUCCGCAGUGGAUAAUGGUGUCAUAGAUGAGGAAGUCAAUAAUCCUGCAGCUUCAGGAGAAGAUUUCAAGAAAACGAGAAGAAAAACUCGAAGUAAAGCUGAAUCUACUUCAAGCGGGAAUGUGAAGAAAGAAGUUGUAGAAAUGGCAACAAGGGCAAGGAGGACCAAGAAACAAAUUGAUGAUAUGGAAGACGAAAGUAGUGAUAUAGAACUUGGUGAUAGGGAGAGGGAUUCAUGGGUUGUAAAUAUAGAGGAUGAACAGAUUGAAGACUUAGUACUUCAGAAAGAUGGGGAACAUGAUAUUAAGGGUGGAUGUUCUCCUCUAGUCUGUUGCUUCGGUGCUACUCAACAUCUCUUUCUGCCCUCAGGAAGGAAAGCCAAUAGACUUGUAGACUAUGAAAUUCAGGAAAGGUUAAAAGAUGCUUUAUGGAUCCCUGAAAAUUUUGUACGGGCGCCUGGGGGAUGUGCAAGUGAUGUUGCUGUGGCUCUUGCGCGGUUGGGGAGUAAAGUUGCCUUCAUGGGAAAAAUUGGGGAUGAUGACUAUGGUCAGGCCUUCAUAAAUUACUUGAACGUUCACAACGUUCAAACCCGAUCCAUUUGCAUUGACGGCAAAAGAGUUACAGCAGCAUCACGGAUGAAAAUUGGCAAGAGGGGUGGCUUAAAAACAACUUGCAUCAAACCUUGUGCAGAGGAUUCUUUAUCAAGGUCUGAGAUCAAUAUUGAUGUGUUGAGGGAGGCAGGGAUGUUUUACUUCAACACAUUCUCCCUGCUUGACCGGAACAUGAGAUCAACCACGGUGCAAGCCAUCAGUAUUGCAAAGAAAUUAGGAGGGGUCAUAUUUUACGAUCUUAACCUUCCAUUGCCCUUGUGGCGGUCUUGUGAAGAAACCAAAAUGUUCAUACAGCAAGCAUGGAAUCUUGCAGAUGUCAUUGAGGUUACGAAGCAAGAGCUAGAGUUUCUAUGUGGAAUCAAGCCCUCUGAGGAUUUUGACACUAGAAAUAAUGACAAGUCUAAGUUUGUGCAUUAUAGCCCAGAAGUAUUUGAUCAACUGUGGCAUGAAAAUCUGAAGGUUUUGUUUGUGACAAAUGGGACUUCUAAGAUACACUACUACACCAAGGAGCACAAUGGAGCAAUUGUCGGAUGGGAGGAACCACCUAUUUCCCCUUUCACUCACAAUAUGGCGGCUGCUGGAGAUGGCAUUGUUGCCGGUCUAAUGAGAAUGUUGACCAAUCAGCCACAUCUCAUCACCGACAAAGAAUACUUGGGAGAGACUAUCAAGUAUGCUGUUAACUGUGGAGUGGUGGAACAAUGGCUGCUGACUCGGAAUGUUGGAUACCCUCCCAAAGAAGGUAUGGAAGUCAAGCCCAAUGCUUAUGGUAUACGGUCGAUUACUGAGGAGGAAUACCGCACACUCGUGCCUGAUCCAAAUUGGUUAGACUCGACGGAAGAGAUGAUUCUUCGCAAACUCGAACCUUCUUGGACCGAUGCGGAAAUAGCUGCCGAACUUAAACAUCUUAGAGAAGGUGACACGCGCGACUUGAAAGAGGCCUCAAAAUUGCAAAGAAGUAGAGGAAAAUGAAAGAAACUCCAAGAGGCGAGAAGCUUACGCUAGGAGGAGGAGCAAAGAAGUACGAAAGAAACACGAAGAGACGAGAAGCUUACGCUAGGAAGAACCUGUGUUUGAUUCCUAGGGUAAUAAGCUUAGGUGCAUGGUUUGUUACUAAACGAUGAACGGUGAUUAAUUGUAUUCGGUCCUCCGGGGUUCCCUUUUCCCACUUCUUUCUUUAAGCGUGACAGGCGGUGUGUACAAGGCCUGGGAACGAAUUCACCUGUCGAAUUACAAAUUGUAUCCGACAGACAGUCGACACAAUGCUUCACUUGACUUACCGACCUUCCCAAUCACUCAAAUUACAUCAGAAAACAAAUCUUUAACUUGUCA